AUGGAAGAGAAGCCAGUCACAGUUUUUGGGAUUCUAAAACAUCUCCGCCUUGGUGCUGCCGCUGCUCAGAUUAAUGCAUUACGUGUGUGCCCAUAUCCAUCUCAGAAUCAGAGCAAAAGAUUCAAGAGACCUUCAUCAGACCACUCAUACUACAAUCCCGGUCAUUUUCUGGACAUGACAGUUGGAAAGGAGGUAGGAAAACUUCCUUAUGGAAGCAAAGCUGAUGUGAGUAUUAUUCAACGAGAGUAUCCUCCCCCUAGUUUCUUCAUGGCAUGGGUUUGUCCUGCAUCUGUAUCAGUGUCCGCAGCACUAGAAAACAAGUAUGAAAACCACUCUCUGGAUAAGAACCUAUCGCUCUCAGCAUUGGAGAGGCAAAUCUUUGACUUCCUUGGCUUCCAGUGGGCACCAAUUCUUGGAAAUUUUCUACAUAUAAUAGUCGUCAUAUUGGGUUUGUUUGGAACCAUUCAGUACAGACCUCGAUAUAUUGUGGUGUACACAGUAUGGACUGCCCUCUGGGUCACCUGGAAUGUGUUCAUUAUCUGCUUUUAUUUGGAAGUAGGUGGACUCUCUAAGGAUACAGAUCUGAUGACGUUCAACAUUUCUGUACACCGGUCAUGGUGGCGGGAACAUGGGCCUGGUUGUGUCCGAAGAGUGCUGCCUCCGUCAGCCCAUGGCAUGAUGGACGACUACACUUAUGUCUCUGUCACAGGCUGCAUCGUUGACUUCCAGUAUCUAGAGGUCAUCCACAGUGCUGUCCAGAUACUCCUCUCUUUGGUUGGUUUUGUGUAUGCCUGUUAUGUGAUCAGUAUUUUCAUGGAAGAAGAAGACACCUUUGAUUUCAUAGGCGGACUUGAUGCACACUCCUACUACCAGGAUCAUGUUGAGUUAAAGCCUAUUUACCCAGUCGAAAUAAGUAGUGACGCUGACUCUGAAACACGGCUGCUGAACUUGACUUAGGAAGCCAAGCACCACUGAGAGCACCUCUCCGCAUUGACACGUCUCACCUCCUCCCAGAGGAUGGACUACGCCUCCCUACUUCCCCACGAGUCACUGAGUUCUUUUGUCACAGUCUAUGUAAUAUUAGCAUUGUGCGCUAGAUGAGUUGUAGGUGAAUGGGUGGGUAUUUUUUAAGUCA